UAUCCAUUUGCAAUUCCUACCAUAACCAAAAAUGCUUUCUUACUCUCCUCCGCCAUGCCUCCACCUUCAUCUCCACCGUUACGCUCGUUCCACCACCAUCUCCUCCUCCCUUCACCGCCAACUUAAUCAUCCCACUACUCAAUCACCUGACCCCGUCCUCCGUAUUCAUAACUCAAAGACCACCUCCCUCCUCCACCGCCAACCGGCCACCACCACCAACAACAACAAAACAGAGAAUCCACCCCAUGGAAACGAAAAUGACCAACCCCAGCACCGAGAUUCCUCGCAAGCCACCGAAGAUAAUCCCCAAACCCCACAAUUUACACUUCCACCUCAAGAAAAACAAAACAUCCUAGAAAUGUCCCUCGUCACCAAACGUCCCCCGCAAUUCCCAGGCUCCAUUUACUCAAAUUCCCUCCCUUCUCUCCAAUCCGUUCUCCAAACCCAAAACGACGCCCAACGCCUAGAAAACGACGACGAGGAGGAUGAGGAGGUGAUGAUAAGGCGGGCGCUUGAGAUUAGAAGAAAGGUAACAGCUGAGGUUUUUAAAGGAGCAAUGAAAAAGGGAAAGUUUGGGAUUACUUAUUCGACGAAUUUGGUUAAUAGGCUGCCGGAGUUUAUUGAUAACGUGAUGAUUGAAGCGGCCGCCUUGAAAAGGUUGCCUGAGUUUAAAGAUUCGACCUUCAAUUUACGUGCUAGGGUGGUUAUUGAUGACUCCAAUGUUGUUCCCCUUAUAAGGUGGCUGAAACACAAUAGCCUCUCAUACCCCAAAAUUGCUAAGCUGAUAUGCAUGUCUAAAGGAAAUCUUUACUCCAUAAGACGGCUUGUCGAGUGGUUGAAGACGGUUCAUGUGAAAGGAGAGUUUAUAGGUUCAACGCUUUUGAAAUCCGGAGAUGAUAUUUUGCAACGGAGAAUCGAAGAAUUGGAUGAGAUCGUUGAGUAUUUGGAGAGUAAUGGAGUUAGGAGGGAUUGGAUUGGUUUUGUUAUUAGCCGAUGCCCGAGGUUGCUGUCCUAUAGGAUGGAGGAAGUGAAAGCUCGAGUUGAGUUUUACUUGAGUAUGGGUAUGAAUGAGAAUGAUUUCGGGACAAUGGUAUUUGAUUAUCCGGGCGUACUCGGCUACUUCACUCUUGAAGAGAUGAAUGAAAAGGUUAAUUAUCUUAAAGAAUUUGGCCUCGAUACCGAACAUGUUGGGAAAUUACUAGCAUUCAGGCCACAGUUGAUGGGCUGUAGCAUUGAAGAAAGAUGGAAGCCUCUUGUUAAGUACUUAUAUUACCUUGGAAUUACCCGAGAUGGAAUGAGGAGAAUGCUUACCAUUAAGCCAAUGAUUUUCUGUUUUGAUUUCGAGACUACAAUUGCACCAAAGGUACAAUUUUUCCGGGACCUUGGUGUUCGAGAGGAUGCCAUUGGUAACAUGCUUGUUAAGUUCCCUCCCCUACUAACAUACAGCCUGCACAAGAGAAUUCGACCAGUGGUCAUAUUUUUGAUGACCAAAGCUGGAGUCACCGAGAAGGAUAUCGGAAAGGUUGUAGCUUUGGGACCAGAGCUAUUUGGUUGCAGUAUAACAAAAACCCUCGAUGUUAAUGUAAAAUAUUUUCUUUCACUUGGCAUACGAGUUAGACAGCUGGGUGAGAUGAUUGCUAAUUUCCCUAAACUACUUCGAUAUAAAGUAGAUCUUCUCUAUCCCAAGUAUCGAUAUUUACGAAGAACGAUGGUCCGUCCCUUGCAGGAUCUGAUCGAGUUUCCAAGGUUUUUCAGCUAUUCUCUCGAAGAGCGAAUAAUUCCAAGGCAUAAAAUCAUGGUGGAGAAUCGGGUAAACUUCAAACUUCGUUACAUGUUGGCCUGCACCGAUGAAGAGUUUGACGAAAGGGUUGCAGAUAAGGUUGAAAGGAGGCGAAGGUUUGAAUCUGGUCUCAUGGAAAAUGCACCGUCUUGUUCCUCAACAGCCCAAGGUACCCCGGGGAAGACUGAUGGUAGUAGCUUAUCUAGCCAAUGAAAACGAGUUUUCGAAGGAGGGGACAGAUGAGAAAUUGAUAUUCUCGGAGAGAGGAUUUGCCGGGGAGGUAGUCGUAACGAGUUUGAAGAACUCAGUGGCCUCAUUCUUUGUAGAUAAUAAUGAAAUUUCACCAAGGAACAAAGGGUUUGUGUAUAUUUAGUGGGGUUAUGCACCGUGUAUGUAUUGAAUAUAUGGUGACAUUUUGUUCCCUGAGCAAAGAGAAUGCUUAUAUGUUUUCCU